CAUUGAAGGUUCAACUUAAAACUGAUCCAAACCACAGUUCUGGACGCGCCUCAGCUGCGCGAUGAUUACUAUUGUUCCCUUCUCGCCUACUCCCAUUCAGCACGAUGCUUAGCUGUUGGACUAGGUAACUUUAUUCACAUUUGGUCAGAGCGUAAGGGAGUGGAUACGCCAGAAUCUCUCAAUAGCGUGGCACGUUCGGACGCACAGCAUGUCACCUCACUCGCUUUUUCCUCCGUACAAGGUGCACAGGCAAUUCUAGCAGUCGGUCGAGCAGAUGGCCGGUUAUCCCUUUGGAGUCCUUUUGAUACCGAAGUUCGGUUUCAUGCUGAGCAGCCGAAACCAAUCUCCUGUGUCUCCUUUCGGCCUACCAUUGUCAGACGACCUUCUCGAAGGGACAUGGAAAUGUUAGUUCCCACGGAGGAACUUCUCGUCGGAGAUGAAGCCGGACACAUAUACUUCUAUUCAGUGGAAUGGCCAAAUGAGACAGAAAGUGCCCUAUUUGGUUGGAAUGGUACACUUGUACUCCUGGCUCGCAUGAGCUUCCAUACCCAGCAGAUCUGUGGCUUAUCUUGGUCUUCGGACGGCGAAUUCUUUGCCAGCGGGGGCAAUGACAAUGCCUGCUAUCUUUUUGAAACAAAGAAGAUACUUCACAAUCGCUCAGACCUAUCAGCAGGUAAUCUCGAUCCCCGUUAUGGGUCCAACGGUGAAAGGAUCCUAACGGUGUCCUUAUCGGGCUCUGAUAUCAUCAAUGAUACUGGUCGCGAGAAACACAGAUGGGAACUCAAUGCUGCCGUCAAGGCUAUCGCAUUCUGCCCUUGGCAGCGUGGUCUUCUAGCCGUUAGGGGUGGUUCGAAUGAUCGGUGCAUACAUUUUUACCACACUUUUUCUGGCGCAUGUCUAGCAACUAUCGACUGUGCAGCACAAGUUACAAGUUUGAUUUGGAGCAAAAACCGCAAGGAGAUUGCGGCAACAUUUGGUUUCGCCCAGCCAGAACAUCCAUUUCGCGUCGCUGUCUUCGCGUGGCCAUCUUGCGAGCAGGUGGUGGCGAUUCCAUGGUACGAUGAGAAUCGCGCAUUGUUUGCGAUUCCCUACCCCGGUGGCCCUAUCCACAACCGAGAACUUAAAGAGGACAGCACUUGGCAAGAUCAAAGGUUGGAAGAGGGGUGUAUAGUGGUAGCUGCAAGUGACGCGGCCAUUCGGUUUCAUGAGAUUUGGACGGAGAACAAAAAGGGCUUGGGAAUCAGCGCAGGGUCGCUUGGAAACAGUGAGAUCCUCGAGAACUUCCACGGGAUUGAGCGGAUCUGCGACCAGAUCAUCCGCUGAAGUUUGAGUGAUCAUGCGCUGGGUAGGUAUCGAUUGACCCAUUGAGCUUCAAUUGAGUUUCCUACUAUGAUCAACAUUACGUGCAAGUAUGUACAUACACCACCUCAGAUCCAGUCGCCAACCAUGUGAUACCCAUUAUUAACAUUUAUCUCGG